CGGAAGGAGGUCGAUAGAUCAGGAAACGUUUAUUUCCGGUCGGACUCGGACUUGUAGAAAAAAGGAAAUCGUUUUAAACACAAAGAGGGUCGUCGUUUUCAACAGAUGUAUCCGAGAAGCAGAAUCGUGGCUAGUGAUAAUGAUCGUGAAUUACUUAAAACUGAUAGAUACUUUGCGUUAGUCCGUCAGCGUCGCGUCUAUACUACGUUGUAACUGCGAAAGUCUCGGAUUCGGAAAGCAAAUUGUUUGGCUCUUGAAAGAAACUGUACUCCAAGAACGAGAAGCAUUUUCAGGAAUAAUUUUUAUUAAUUUUUGUUUUGUUCCAAGAAUUUUUUUUUCCUAUAUUCGUGCGGCACGCAGUCUAGCACUCAGAAAGGAGAAAGAUGGCACGUAUUAAAUCGAAGUGCGGGAAGCGCUUGAACGUGGGUACGCAGUUGCUGGCCUUGCCACUGACCGCGCCGGGAGAGGAUCAUCUGUGUACUUUUUGUCAUCUUUUGAAGAUGUUUUUGAGGGUUUAGUUCUUGGCCGUGGAAGUGCCGAGUAGGAUGAUUCGAAGUGCGGAAGCUUGCAGUUCUCUUGAAGUACAUAUUCCGGACAAAUAUUGGAUCCAACUAAACUGAAAAAAAUCAGCGUGGUGUGUCAAUGCGUACGAAAACUUGCGUGGUACGCAGAACAUCCCGCCCCUGGAUGAGGACGAGCAGACUGGCAUCCCGUUGAGCGAUGUGGUGCAUGCGGAUGGCUCGGUAUUUGAAUCAUGAAAAAGUUUUCAUUAUUUUUCGGAAAAAGGACAGGUAGUUCUUGUAUGACUUUUUCACUAUGAUGCACAAGCACAACACUAGUGCUACGAGAUUUGAGUGCUCGAUGCGAUUCUGAGAAGAGAGAACUCUAUUACGAAUGACAGACCUUCGUGUUGGAGAAGGAACUGUUGGUGAACACGCAGAAUGAGAAAACGGAGGAGCAGAAGGAGAAGAAAGUAGUGGAGAAGGCGACGCGGAAGAAGGUCGUCUCGGAGCUCCGCCCGACGGACAAGAACGACCCACCGCCGCCGAAGGAGGCGGAUUACCCCGAUUUCGACAAAUACAAGCAGGCGAAUGAGGAGUACCUGAAGAACGCGCUGGCCACACCAGUGAGGGAAAGAACGAAGAAUCAGCAGCAAUGGCUCGCGCAAAGGGAGAGAAAUAGGCAGGAGUCAUGGGCAAUGGAAUACGGCAAUUGGAUGUAGCUUUCCUCUAGGGCGGAAUGGUCAAAGUGCUGACAUGAUCGACUAGUGCUAACAACACUUUAGGCACUGCAGGAGUAAAAUGUAUAGUACGGUAGAUCGACGGAGGAACAGUUCCUACAAGAGAGAAAUGUAGUUUAUUCGAAGUGCUAAUAUUUUAUCCGAAAUCCCCCAUCGAUGUCGUCCUGGUUGUUGAUACAGUAAGUGUAUUUUGUAGGAUUAGGAGAACAUCAAGCAAAGUGAAAGUAGCGCUUUUCUCAUUGUUUCGCUUAUCAUGCGUGCUCGCUUGUUUACGUCAGACGUUUACUACUGUACGAACAGAUCUGCUUCACUGCCUGCGCAAGGAAAGCUCCUGACCAGGUAUUGAAUGAUGCCUGUCCGAAGUUUCUUCACUUUCACAAAAAUAAAAGUUGCUUUAAUAAAGUUUACCCUUACAACGUACUAUGGUUCCUCUGUAUCAAGUCGAUGACUUUGUGUAUGAUGUAAUCGCGACGUCGAAAUCAAAUGCCCUGGAUCAAAAUGCAAAGCGUGUUUCGCAUCUUUCUUUUAG